GUUUCUACUGACCGCACCUCCGCCCUGAGCUCUCCUCUCUCUUUUCGUCCUCUACUGCUGUGAGGAAAGAGACCGGAGCUGACUUCUGAAAGAUCUUCAUGAUGAGUGUGAUUACUUCUCACUUGUCCAAGCAGCAGGAGAUGAAGCUGUCUUCUCUCCUCGGCCACGGUAAACUCAGUCUGCUGUUCAAGGCCAGUGUGCACGGCUUCAACAGCAACAGCUUCCACCAGAAGUGUGAUCGUCAGGGUUCCACCGUCACUGUGGCCUACAAUAACUCGGGCUACAUCUUCGGGGCAUACACCAGUAAAGAUUACGCUCAGACUGGGCAGAACAUCGCAGAUGAUAAAGCUUUCCUGUUCAGCUUCAACACUGGUGAUGUGGAUAAAGCUCCUCUGCGUGUGGUGGGCACAGAACCACAGCAAGCCUUCACUGAUGGAAACACUGGGCCCAAUUUUGUCUCCUUGCUGUUCAUGUACAACAACACUGCCACCAUCUACAGCAACCCAGGAACCUAUCCUUUUGACCCAGUGGAGAUGCACGGCAAUGACCUCCAGCUGAUCGAGUGUGAGGUGUACCGAGUGGAGGGGUUUGGAGCACUCAUGGAGGAACCGUGGAGGAAUGUGGAGUGGAGUUUGGAGAAGAGGAAGUCUCUGAUGGACGUGAUCACACGCUGGACUCCGGGUGUGAGCUCUGUACAGAAAGCUCGUGUGCUGCUUGUUGGUGCUGUGGGUGCAGGAAAAUCCAGCUUCUUUAACUCCUUUAAUUCCAUGUUUAAAGGCCAUGUGACCUUCCGGGCCAACACUGGCACCGCCGGCACCAGCCUCACCACACAGUUCCGUGUGUACUCCAUUAAGGUGAAUGGGAAGUUCCUGCCACUCACACUGUGUGACAGUAUGGGACUGGAGGAGGGACUGAACGCUGGACUGGACAUCGAGGACUUCAGCAACAUUUUAAAGGGACACAUUCAGGACAAAUACCAGUUUAAUCCCUCCAUGCCUCUCCAAUCGGAGUCUCCAUAUUUUUGUAAAGCUCCGACUGUAAAGGAGAAGAUCCACGCUGUGGUGUAUGUGAUGGAUGCCUGCAAGAUCAAACUGCUGUCUGACAAAAUGAUUGAGAAACUGGCCGCUUUCCGCAGAAAGGCCAACCACAUGGGAGUACCACAGAUGGUUCUGCUGACUAAGGUGGAUGAAGCGUGUCGGUCCAUGGGAGAGGAUCUGAAACAUGUCUAUCAGAGUCAGUACAUCUACAGGAUGAUGCAGGAGGUGAGUGUCCACCUGGGUGUUUCUCUUUCUUCUGUGGUUCCAGUGAAGAACUACAGCAAAGAGCUCGAGCUUGACCUGCACACUGACCUCGUGCUGCUGAAUGCCGUUGUUCAGAUCAUCAGAACCGCUGAGGCGUACUUCGACGACUUUACCUGCGAGGAAGAGUAAAGUCCAGAGCCUUGGACACCUUAAAUGCUGGACAUCACUGUCAUUCAUCUAAACCUGCUGUUUAUUACACAUUUAUUCUCUUCUUCUUUUGCUGCUACUGGAUAUAACUGACAUGGGCAGAUGUUUGCUUUCUGAAAUAAAGAUUUUACA